AUGCAACUAUUACGUUUCCUAGUUGCGCUAGCCGUCGUGCUCUUCUCGGUCGUCGUCAUUGCCGCCGAGGAUUAUUACAAAGUCCUUGGACUGGCCAAGUCUGCCUCAGAGAAGGAUAUCAAGAAGGCAUACCGAACACUGAGCAAGAAAUACCAUCCCGAUAAGAAUCCUGGCGACGACUCAGCCCGCGAAAGGUUCGUCGAAAUCGCCGACGCAUACGACGUCCUCUCAACAAGCACCCUCCGCAAAGUCUACGACCAAUACGGCCACGACGGCGUCGAACAACACCGCAAAGGCGGAACAGCCGGCGGAAGCCACGACCCCUUUGACCUAUUCUCGCGCUUCUUCGGCGGCGGCGGACACUCGGGCCACGCGCCGGGCCACCGACGCGGACCAGACAUGGAAGUACGGGCCGCGCUACCACUACGGGAUUUCUACACGGGCCGGGAAAUCAACUUCCUCGUUGAGAAGCAGCAGAUCUGCGAUACGUGCGAGGGGACUGGAUCCAAGGACCACGUGGUGCACACUUGUGACCGGUGUUCUGGGCGGGGCAUGGUUAUCCAGAAACACAUGCUUGCACCGGGCAUGUUCCAGCAGGUUCAAAUGGCUUGUGAUGCAUGUGGAGGGAAGGGGAAGAAGAUUAAGAAUCCAUGUCCAGUGUGUGCUGGUAAUCGGGUUGUGCGGAAGGAGAUUGAGACGAGUGCUAGCAUCGAGCCUGGGAUGGAUAAAGGGACAAGACUUGUGUUUGAGAAUGAGGCGGAUGAAAGUCCUGAUUGGAUUGCUGGGGAUUUGAUCGUUAUUCUUGAUGAGAAGGAGCCUGAGAUGGGGGUUAGUGAGGAGGAACGGACUGAUGGGACGUUCUUCCGGAGGAAGGGGAGGGAUUUGUUUUGGAAGGAGACGCUUUCGUUGAGGGAGGCUUGGAUGGGUGGGUGGACGAGGGAUGUAACGCAUCUUGAUGGGCAUGUUGUCAGGCUUGGACGCGGCCGUGGUCAGGUUGUGCAGCCGCUUGCUGUUGAGACUGUUGCGGGCGAGGGAAUGCCGUUUUACUCCGACGGCCAUUUGCAUGAUCAGAAUGAGGGCAGUGAUGAGCCUGGGAAUCUUUACGUGGAAUAUACUGUUGUUUUGCCGGAUCAGAUGGAGAGUGGGAUGGAGAAGGACUUCCAUUCGCUUUGGGAGAAGUGGCGCAAGAAGGUCGGUGUUGAUUUGGCUAAGGAUAGCGGGAGGCCUGUUUACUCGCCUGAGGGGAAGGAUGAGUUGUGA